AUGAAAAAUGUGAUUGAAGUGAUGCAAAAUGUUAUUCAGUUGACGAGGAAACAAUUAGUAGAAGAUGGUGAAAUGAAAGUAUGGAACGUGACGCUCAAUUACCUUCAAUUAGGACGACAGAACUAUUUCAUACUCCGCUUUCCUCCGGACUUCUUUACUGAUAUAAAAAUCUAUCGAGUACACUCUGAAGUGUUACAAACCCUAGAACUCGACUUAAGUCCCGUCAACGCAACACUCAUGCCAAGUUCCCCAUAUUACAAGUUCAAUAUUUUCCCACGAAAAGUUGGGUCUGAGACGAUAGCAGUGUAUGUGAAAGCGAAUGGGAAAGUCGAUGUUUUGUAUCGAGUCGACCUCAAAUGCAUCGCUUCGCCAAAUGGGAUUUUCAUCGACGCAGAUUCAAAGGAUUUGAAAGUGUAUGAACAAAUAACGAAUGGGGCAGAGGGGAAUAUUUAUCGCGCGUGUUACUUGUCGCACCGAACCGUAGUGAAGGAAUAUAAGACUGAAGAGUACUCGAAAGAGGCGGAGUUGUUGCAACAGCUGCACCACCCCAAUAUCAUCACGUUGUGGGCAAUGUUCUAUAAGAACACCCAUCUCAAUUUAGUGAUCGAAGAAGCGUCUUUCUCGUUAGAUAAAGUGUACGCCGAUAUCCCCAAUUGUACUCUCUUUACCAUUUUAAGAGACGUCGCCUCUGCACUUUCCUUCAUCCACUCACAACAAAUCGUUCAUCGCGACGUCAAACCACAGAACAUCCUAGUGAUGAGUCUCGACAAGGAAAAAUGUUCAGCGAAGUUAGCGGACUUUGGUUUGGCUUGGGUCAUCGGUAACCACAAGAUCAAUUGCAAGUGUGAAGGAACCCCCUUUUUCAUGGCACCGGAACUCCUCUUAGAAAAUGGAGUUGUUUCAACUCGGGCAGACACCUACUCCUUCGGUCGAACUAUUCAGUUGGCCUAUUCCCGAAUAUCACUUGAGCAGGCAGUGACUUCUCUCCCCAAGACACUCUGUUUUGGUGUUGUGAAGGACGAUUUUGUCAAGACUUUUGUGAUGAAGUGUUGUGAGGACACCCCAACCGAUCGACUCACCGACGACGAGGUCUAUAACCGGUGUGAGAUAUGCAUCAAGCGAAGUAAAAACGAGGAGCUUCUUAUUAAACGAGCGAAUUACAAAUAUGACUUUGGUGCCAUCAACACAAUUGAGAGUCUUAAAAUGAUCAUCAAGUCAUUACAGUCCGAUGGCCUAAAUGACUUGGCAUUUGAAAUAUUGGUGGGAACUUCUGAUGGGAAGGACGUUCGGAAGAAAGUCGAGAAAUUGAAAGCGAGUGUGAAGUGCAAGAUUCCUCCUCGGAGUGGUCAAGAGGAAUAUUUGAUAGGUGAGUAUUACCGUUCAAUUGAAGAUUACAAAACAGCUCACAUCUAUUACAUGAAAGGAGGAAAGAAAGGUGAUGCGUACUGUAAGUUUCGGAUCUAUGAAGAGUUGAAGAAGUUGUGUAGCGAUUUGGAGACAAAGACGUCUGCAGAGGAUCUCGAGCUCAAAACAGUCCUUUCCUUCUUUGCUUUCCAACUUCCUGUUGUUGGGCAGAUCUUCAGUAAAUGUUCGACGCCAAAAUCGUUCAACGUCCAAACGAGUGUGAGUGCAAAGAUGAUGUUUGAGAUGAUUUAUUUGUUCUGUGGCAUAUCAAGUGCUGUCGAUGCUGAGAUUGGGAAGUGGGAGAUCUGUGGGAAAGGGACGCAGUCGAAUUUCAUUAAUGGGUUGAUUCUCCUCAAAAACAAUCAAGUUGAGUAUGAGAAGUACAGUUCGUUAUAUUCUCUUCUUACCACUCCAACGCAACCGUCAAAGUCCGUCGAUGAAUUCUCAAGUGUUGAAGAGCAGAACAUCUAUUGCAUCAACGUGUUAAGUCACUUCUACAAAGACGUCGCCGACAGUGAAGAACGUCGUGUUGUGCAGUUCAUGAGAACGGGGACGAGCCUCCAGCAGUUGAACUUGUCGCUGUACCAACUGUCGAAAGAACGAAGUUCAUUGUACGCCGUGAAGAAGAUAAUUGAGUUAGCUCUUAUGGGGUGUGGCGCUUCGUGUGUAGCUCUUUACGAGGUGUUAAAUACCCCCGAGAUGGUACAAGCGUAUGCAGCGGCAAUCGAUGAUGUCAUGUCGGUGAAUGAUCUUCUUGAUGUUUUCGAAAGUCCUUCCAAACCCGCGGAAAUGCCUUCUGAGCGUGUUAUAGGGAAGACACCCAGUAAUUUUGUGAAGCGUCCCAAACACUCAGUACCAUUGAAAAGUCUUCUUUUUAGUCAUAAAGUCUAUUGGCUACUUAGAGGCGCCACUUUACUUCAAAUGGAAGCUAUUGAGAGCUUGGCGGAAGUGGUAUUGGAGUUGGUGAGUACGUCUCGAACACGACAAGGGCAGGUUGCCUUGUGUAAUUGUCUUGGACUGAUUAAAUUUAGUUCAGAGUUGGGACGAAAAAAGUCACAAAUGUUGGAAGCGCGAUGUCUCUGUAAAAUGGGGAGAAAUAAAGAAGGGUGGGAGAUUAUGAGGCGUUUAGUCGAAGAGAAUUACGAGGACGUUUUUAUUGACUUUUUUAAUGAGAUGAAAAAAGAGCAAAAUUAUGAGGAGAUGGAACUGGUCGCUAAAAAGGCCAAUCAAUCGGGAAAUUCCAGCGAAACGUUUCAACUUAACGAGGUCGAAACGAAAGCGCGGAACGUGUAUCUUCUUAUCAAAACGUAUGCAGCCACGUUGGACCAACAAAUCAAGACGUUUGCACAGAAUAGCGAAACACACAAAAACGAAAAUCAAAGUUGCCUCAAAGAGUUGCACGACCGAAAACGAAUUUUUAUGGAGAUGAUGAGUGAAGACAAAAUGACAGACAAAAUCUCUAAGGCAUUGGGUUUCGCCCAAACAAUGUUAAGCCUCAAAGUGUAUGAGAGAAAAGAUAUUGAGGUCACGAUUCACGUGUUACGAUAUUUAUCGUUUUUGGGAUCCAAAAAUGCUAACAGUAUUGUCAUGAGGAUUUUGGGAGGAAAUGUGAUGAGUCCCAUGGAAAGUGAAAUCUGCAAGGUUUUCGAAAAAGAGUGCAAAACGAAACCAACACAACAAUGGUGUAACGCACCAAUCCCAAAAUCAAAAAGUGCAGAUACAAAUGUGAUUUGA